CCCCUCCCUCUCCCUCUCCCCGACCCAUGCGGCGCCGCCUCCCUCUCCCCGACCCAGAUCUCCCUCCCCGACCCAGACCUCCCUCUCCGCCGUCCCUACUCCUACCCCGCCGUCGGCCUCCCCCCAAGCGCCGCUACUCUUGACCUGCAACGACCUGAGCAGGAGCAGCAGCAACUUCCUCCUCCACUUCCCCUUGCUUUUGCCGCCCGCCUCCGAGCUCUUGCCUCUGCGGCUCUUCCGAAGCCACGGCCAAUAGAGCCACGACAGGCUGAGCCUCCGCCGGUGAUGCCUCUGCCACUCCGGCAAGUAUGCACUUGUGGUCUGGCCGCGCGCCGCUGCUCAGAUCGAGCGAGAGGCGAGGCAGCGCCAGAUCCAGAUUGAGCGCCGGAUCCAGGUCGAGCCACCGGAACAAGGGCCAUGGAACCGACAGCAGGCACGCCAUGGAGGAGAGGACGCCAUGGAGGGGAUGACGCCAUGGAUGUGAGGAUGCCAUGGAGGACGCAGCUCCAUCACCACCCCGACGCCAUCUCCGAGCCCCCUCCCGAUACAUCUCAUGCGAGUUUGAUGGAGGGUCAAGGACCGCACGCACAGUGGAUUAUCCAGAACGCCCAGGCCAGCCACGGUGUGAGUAGGCAUCCUCUGUGGAUGAUGACGACAACCAGGGCAUCCACCGCCACGACGACGCUCCGCACAUGGUCCAACUCGGCUACAACCUCCUCUACCACGGGACGAAGACCGUGGCCGUGUGCGGCAUCGGCUACAACCUCCUCUCAUCACACCAUGGCGAGCAUCCACCUCCUCACAUUGGCAAGAAGAGCAGGUGCCUAGUUUGUAAUCGCUGUCGAAGGAGCUCCAUGCUGAAGAACAUAACACUUGUAGAUCUUGUAAAUUACCAUGUUAUUGAACUUGUGGAGCAUGUAACUGUGACUCCAUACUGAUGUUACACUUGUAGAGCUUGCAAAGUGUAUGUUAGAGCUUAUUGCGUGUUAUUUGUACAGCAGCAGCUCUGUAUUGACUCUGGCUGAUAAUAUUUGAAGUAUUUUGUGUGC